AAAUUGCGUGUUUUACCCCAUAUUGUCCCACCUGGACAAGCAAGACUAUCUCAACAAUAAUCUCAGUAUACUUCAUAUAGGCACAGAUGAGCAGUGAUAUAGGUAUCAAGAGUUUUGAAAUGGCAUCUGCAGACAAGGAAAUCGACGCAAACCAUUGCACUGAGAAAGAAGAAGAAACAGAUGCGUUAGAAAGAGAACAUUUCAUGAAAGUUGUGAAUGCAUUUUUACAUUAUCAGAAAUUCUUAAACUUGAGAAUUGACAAAGCAAAGAAGGAUUUUCUUUCAUUGGAUGCCAAGGAUCAAGAAAGGCUGCCUAAAUUUCAGGAACAUUUACAAAAACAAAGGCAAUGCAUUGCUAAGAAUUAUGAAUUUGUUAAGCAAAUCAUUGGCCACACAGGAUAUAUUUUUGAAAAUGUUGACCAUCAUGUUGAUAUGAACACAGAGUCGAAUGAUCAGGAGGGCAUCACAGUACUGUUCAUGGAGAAGGUCCUCACCACCAUCAAGCAGUUUGUCCGAGAUUGGAGCAAGGAAGGCCGAGAGGAAAGAGAAAUGUGCUACAAACCCAUCAUAGAUGAAGUACGAAAUUUAUAUCCAACUGACCAGUUCAAACCUGGUGAUGUGUCAAUAUUAGUACCUGGUGCUGGCCUGGCAAGGUUAAUGGUUGAACUGGCAAAGUUUGGUUAUACCAUUCAAGGAAAUGAGUGGAGUCUGUUCAUGCUCAUUGCCUCUAACUACAUCCUUAAUAAAUGUCGAGGUACAUGCCACACCACCAUUCAUCCAUUUGUACACCAGUCGUGUAAUAACAUGUCACCUAAAGAUCAAGUCCGACCCAUUCAAAUUCCAGAUAUAGACCCAUCCCGGUUACCACAAGACAUCAACUUCUCCAUGAAUGCUGGAAACUUUACGGAGGUUUACGUUGAACCAAACCAGUGGGAUUGUAUCACAACAUGUUUCUUCAUUGAUACUGCUAAUAACAUUGUGUCGUACAUUGAAACUAUAUAUAAAAUUCUUAAGCCAGGAGGCCACUGGAUCAAUCUUGGGCCUUUGUUAUUCCAUUUUGCAGAUGUACCUAAUGAAUCAUCUAUCGAGAUUAGUUAUGAAGAACUGAAAAAUCUAGUAGUGAAUGAAUUUAAAUUUGAAAUACUUAAAGAAGAUAGACUGAAGUCUACUUAUAUUGGAAAUAAAAAAUCCAUGAUGGAGACAGUUUAUAAUUGUGUAUUUUUUGUUGCAAAAAAACCGUUGUAAACACAUUUAUGUAAACCCACCAUUUUGUGUA